UGUCUACACAAGCAAUUUAUUUUAGCGCCAUUAAAAAACUUUUUGGUCACCUUAAACCGCCCAAAGAGACACAAAAAGGAGGAAGAGGCGGCAAAACAAUUAGAAACCGCAGAGAAAAAAACGAGCACGAAAAUGCAGAAGCUUGUCGCUGAGAUGAAGCUGUUCAAUCUAAAGAAUCUUCUGUCCAGUGAAGAAAAAUAAAUAGAAAGAAUUUCACAUAGUGAUAGUGAAGAAGAAGAAAUAGAUCGUACAAUUCAGAUGAUGAUGAAGCUGUUCAAUGAGAAGGAUCUUCUGUGCAUGUAAGUGAAAUAGAAAAAAUUUCAAAUAGUGAUAAUGAAGAAGAAGAAAUAGAAAAUUUUUCACAUGGUGAUGAAGAAGAGAAGAAAGAAACAGAAAGUCGGAAGCCAAAUACUAGUACUGGAGCGAUGCAGUUUUCAGAAGGUUCGAAGGCCUUUCAAACGGCUUUCGAAGAAGAAAGUGACUGAAGAUUUUCUGGUGAUGAGAAGCUUACCGCGAAGAAACUUGCAGCAGAAGAAGAUGAAAAUGCUCAGAAGGCUUCAAGGCGAAGCUAUUGAAAUUAAAUCAGGUGAAGGAGAGGGGCCAUGUAAAGCCUGCAAAUUUCUUGGAUAUGAAGGAGAAGUUACUCAUAAGUUUGGUGACAAAAGGAGAUGUGCGUCGCCAUGUUUUUGGUUUGGACCAAACAGCGAUUACGACAAAGUUCAACUUCUUACAGCAGUUAAAGCCUCUGUAAGCCUACUUCUGAAAGUCCUGGCCUUUUGACCUGACCGAGAUUGGAUGAGCCCGAGCCUGCCCUAUAGGGACUUCAGCCGAGCUAGGGCCAGGGCUGGCCUGCCCCGGUGCUGGGCCUGCUUUUUGGAAUUCAAUUAUACUUCGGACGUCCAGUGACUUAAGUUUCUGAUGAACUUAGACUUUGUCAUGAUUGUUUUGACCUUAAACAAGUUUCUCAUGAACUUAGACUUUGUCAUGAUUGUUUUGACCUUAAACAAUUUUAGAUCUUUGAGGUGCAUUGAAUACCUUGUUUGUUUA